GCGCCCGAAACGUUGGCCACGUUGGCCGCGAUGGCUUCGGCCAUGGAGCGCCCGGGCAUCGCGGGCAUUUGGCAGAUCUGCGGGCAAGCGGCGUUGAGCGCAUCGAAAUCCAUGGAGGAUCCCUUGGUUCAGCAGCAAGCAGCAGAGGGUGCCAUCCUACGAGCACAAGCAGCUUUUGUGGCCUAUCCCUUGGAUGUUUUGAAGACCCAAGUGCAGUCAGGCCAUCCCCGCUACAAUCGUUUGUCUCGUUUGCCAUGUCUUCUGAAGGACUACAAGCUGAAAAUCUUCCGUGGAUAUCCUGGAGUUGGUGCCAACUCUUUGUUGAUGGGUGGUUUGAUGUUUGGAGGCUAUCGCUUCUUUGACAACUUCUGGGCUUUGUAUCACGUGCCUGACUACUGGCGCCCAGCAGUUGCAGGUGGAAGUAUAGGUGCUCUGUGUGGUCUGGCUGCAACACCGCUGGAACAGGUGAAAACCAUAAUGGCUUUGCAGGAAACCUGGUUGAAGGAGAGGAAGAUCACCAAGCGGAUUUACAGCUCAGUGCAUCAUGGAGCCUGGGAAGCACCAGCACGGUUGAAAUUCUACGCAGCAACGCCCCUGGUGAUCCGCACAGCACUUUUUGAUAGUCAACUCUUCUUCUACAACAGCAGACUUCGAGAAUGGGUGGCCAAUGGUGGAUGUCCUCCCAGUCUUCACUUUCUGGUUGGUACUGUUGGUUUCAUGCUCGCUGGCUUGGUGGCUGCCACCGUCAACUAUCCCUUCGAUCGAGUGAAGGGCCACAUGAUGGGCCGAGCAUUUCAGGCUUCCAUCGGUGAACAGCCCAAGGAGAGUACCUACGGAGCCUUCGCCGCAGUGGUGAAGCGCCAUGGCAUUGGUGGUCUGUUCCACGGUUUGCCAACGCGAAGUGUGUUGCAUGCCGUGGUCUGGUGCGUGGUGGGCGCUGGCCGCGAAUUUUGCGAAUGGGCUGGCCUGCGGGAGAGAGCCAAGCAGAGAAGCGCUGAACUCGGUUGCAGCCGAACACUGAGCGCUUAGACCACGAGCCGCGGCGACCUUCUUUUCCUCUGCCUGAUGGGCAGGUUGCCGCGUUGAGAAUCGCAGAUUUUUUCGUUCUGAUCCAUCCUUGUAGUGUUGAAACUGCCAAACCACACUAGUGUUUGAUCUCCAAUUUUGGACUGAAAUUGUUCAACUUGAUUGGUGCCAUCUUUGUUGGCAUCACGGUCACUAGGCAUGUCCAGAACUCAUUCAUCGGAUUCCCCAGGAGAAAAUGC